AUGUCAUCCCUCGGUACCUCUGCAUCUACCCAUACGCAAGCGGUCUCCACCUCUGGAUCUGGCUUCUUCUCAAGAGGGGAUAGCGUGACAUCUGGGUCGGGAAUGAGCGCUGGAUCAGCCAGAAAAAAGAGAAAAUUUGAGCAAUACGAGACACGAGGCGGAGAACACGAUUCGGGUUUCGCCUCGGAGGUUGAAGAGGAGGAUGAUGCUACCAAAGAGCAAGGCGAGACAAAGAGGUAUAAGUGA